UCCAUGCAUGUCAUUCACUAGUGUACCAAAUAUGUCUACAAGCGUUACUACCGGUACCACCUUUCUUCUUCUUUUUCUCUUAGCCAUGGCUACUGCCACCACUGGCUCACAUUUAGAACAAGUUACGGAGGUGGUUCAAAUGGCUAGGACCAUGGUGGUGCAAUCUAGGAACUUGGCUAAGGCUUCGAUGAGCUUGUAUGGGUUGCACAAUACUAUGCAUUAUCAUGGUAUGGGUUUGGCUGAUUGUAUUAAGUUGUAUGAUGAAAGUGAGUCUAGGCUCUCGGUUUUGCUAUCCUCUCGAGGGUAUACUGUCGAUGAUGCUCGGACGUGGUUGAGCGGCGUGCUUGCGAACCAUCGGAGUUGUUCGGAAGGGUUGGGACAGAAGGAUUUUGGGAUUCAAGAACAUGGACAGGGUCGAAAUUUGACGAGUUUGGUUAGUGCAGCUUUGGCAUUGUAUACAAUGCAUGGGAAGGAAGCUGUUGUUGAGCAAGAGCUAAUGCAUAGACCACGACUCGGUGGGAAACUUUUAACAUCAUGGAACCCAACAACUUCAAAGGCUGAUUUUGUCGUGUCAAAAGAUGGCUCCGGCACUCACAAAACGAUCAAUGAUGCGGUGGCCGCCGUUGCUAGGAUAGGUAACAACCGUCGUCCAAGGGUAAUCAUUUAUGUGAAAGCAGGGGUGUAUAAUGAGAAAGUAGACAUUGACAAGAACCUUAAAAACAUAAUGUUGGUCGGCGAUGGAAUGGACAAAACAAUCGUAACUGGUAACCGAAAUGUUCCGGAUGGUUCCACUACUUAUGGCUCCGCAACAUUCGGUGUUUCCGGGGAUGGUUUUUGGGCACGGGACGUGACAUUUGUGAACACUGCCGGUCCGCAUAAACAUCAAGCUGUGGCAUUAAGGGUAAGUUCGGACCAUUCUGUGUUCUACCGCUGUAGCAUCAAGGGUUACCAAGACAGUCUCUUCCUCCACUCGCUGCGACAAUUUUACCGAGACUGUCACAUACACGGCACAAUCGAUUACAUAUUUGGUGACGCCUCGGCCGUGUUGCAAAACUGCGACAUCUUUGUCAAAAGACCGAUGGACCAUCAAUCCAACAUGGUAACGGCACAAGGGAGAGACGAUCCCAACGAGAACACAGGGAUUUCAAUUAUGGAAUCCCGAGUGAGGCCAGCACCCGAUUUCGAUUCGGUCAAGCAUUUGUUCAAGAGUUACUUAGGUAGGCCAUGGAAGAAGUAUUCAAGGACGGUGUUCAUGAAGACGGACCUUGACGGUUUGAUCGACCCCAAGGGAUGGAAUGAAUGGAGCGGCAGCUUUGCGUUGUCAACGUUGUAUUAUGCGGAGUAUAGGAACACAGGGAAUGGUGCUUCGAUCGGGAAUCGAGUGAAGUGGCCCGGUUUUCAUGUCUUCAACCGGGCCGAAGAGGCUAACCCUUUUACGGUAAAUAGGUUCAUACAAGGAGAGUUAUGGAUUCCGGAGACUGGUGUGCCUUUUAAUUCAAGGCUUUAAUUUAAUGGUUUCUUAUUGUAAUUGUUAAUGUUUUUGUGAUGUGAUAAUAAUGGCUUUAACAGUUUUAAUCUAAAAAUUAUAGCUAAAAUAUUUUAUGGGUUA